AGAAUUCUUCCUUAGAGUCCCUGGUUCUUCACAACAUGAAUAGAAGGCAGUGCAACAGCAACCAUUUGAGCAUCCUCUGGGGCUGAUGUGUCUGCACAGGCUGCUGAGGGCAAGUCACUGGUGUAUGGGCUGUAGCACCUGACUAUGUUAUAUUUUAGAGAUGGAAGAGAGCUCAAUUCAGGACUGGGGUGAAGAGGUAGAAGAGGGAGCUGUUUACCAUGUCACCCUCAAAAGAGUGCAGAUUCAGCAGGCUGCCAACAAAGGAGCCCGAUGGCUAGGGGUUGAAGGGGACCAGUUACCUCCAGGACAUACUGUCAGCCAAUAUGAAACGUGUAAGAUCAGGACAAUAAAAGCUGGAACUUUGGAGAAACUUGUGGAGAACCUUCUGACAGCUUUUGGGGAUAAUGAUUUUACCUACAUCAGUAUCUUUCUGUCAACCUACAGGGGCUUUGCUUCUACUAAGGAAGUGCUGGAACUUCUCCUUGACAGGUAUGGAAACCUGGAGACCUCAAGCUGUGAAGAUGAUGGGAACCAGAAUUCCUCCGGGUCCAAAACAGUACUCAGGAAUGCGAUAGCAUCAAUCUUAAGGGCCUGGCUUGACCAGUGUUCUGAGGACUUUAACGAGCCACCCAACUACCCAUGUUUGCUGAAAUUGCUGGAUUAUCUGAAGAGAAGUAUGCCUGGCUCUGACCCGGAGAGGAGAGCGCAGAACCUCUUGGAGCAGUUCCAGAAGCAAGAAGUGGAAAAUGACAAUGGGUUCCAUAGCACUUCCCCAUGUAAUCUAGAUGAUGAAGAGGAAAUGGAGAUUAGUGGUCCUGAAGAAUUCUCUUUUUUCCAAGAAGAUCUUGUGGCAGAGCAGUUGACAUACAUGGAUGCAAAGCUCUUUAAGAAAGUUGUGCCCCACCACUGUCUGGGAUGUAUCUGGUCUCGAAGAGAUAAGAAAGAGAACAAGCACCUGGCGCCUACCAUCAGAGCCACCAUCUCUCAGUUCAAUGCAGUUACCAAAUGUGUUGUCAGCACUAUCCUGAAGAGCAAGGAACUCAAAACACAGCAGAGAGCCAAGAUCAUUGAGAAGUGGAUUCAUAUUGCACAUGAAUGUCGGAUCCUGAAGAAUUUUUCCUCCUUGAGGGCCAUCGUAUCAGCACUGCAGUCCAACUCCAUCUAUCGGCUAAAGAAGACCUGGGCUUCGGUUCCAAAGGACAGAAUGCUGAUGUUUGAAGAGCUAUCUGAUAUCUUCUCGGAUCAUGACAAUUAUUUGACAAGUAGAGAGCUGCUAAUGAAGGAAGGCACUUCCAAAUUUGCAAAUCUGGACAGCAGCGUGAAAGAAAACCAGAAGAGAACACAGAGGCGUCUUCAGCUCCAGAAGGACAUGGGAGUAAUGCAGGGCACAGUACCCUAUCUUGGUACCUUCCUCACUGAUCUGACCAUGCUUGACACAGCUCUUCAGGACUAUAUUGAGGGUGGCCUGAUAAACUUUGAGAAGAGGCGAAAGGAAUUUGAAGUCAUUGCUCAAAUUAAGCUCUUGCAAUCUGCAUGUAACAGCUAUUGCAUGGCAGCAGACCAAAAAUUCAUCCGGUGGUUCAGGAAACAGCAGCUUUUAACUGAGGAAGAGAGUUACAGCCUUUCAUGUGAGAUUGAAGCAGCUGCUGACACCAGCACCACGUCCCCGAAACCUCGGAAGAGCAUGGUGAAGAGACUCAGCCUACUGUUCCUCGGAUCAGAGGUGAUCACCAAUAGCACACCCACCAAAGAGCAGCCCAAAUCUACUCCAAGUGGGAGCUCUGGUGAAAGCAUGGACUCUGUCAGUGUCUCGUCGUGCGAGUCUAAUCACUCCGAAUCUGAAGAGGUCUGCAUCACUCCCAUCGACACUCCCGACGAGCCCCAGAAAAAGCUCUCCGAAUCCUCCUCCUCCUGUUCAUCCAUCCAUUCCAUGGACACAUCUUCCUCAGGGGUGUCAUCUUUAACCAACGUAAUCUCAUCCCCGCCCUCCUUGUCCUCCAAUCCCAAAAUCCACAAGCGCUCUGUCUCCGUGACAUCCAUCACCUCAGCAGUGCUGCCUCCCGUUUACAACCAGCAGAACGAGGACACGUGCAUCAUCCGAAUCAGUGUAGAAGACAACAACGGCAACAUGUACAAGAGCAUCAUGCUAACUAGCCAAGACAAAACUCCUGCUGUUAUCCAGAGAGCUAUGUCAAAGCACAACCUCGAAUCUGACGCUGCUGAGGAAUACGAGCUUGUACAAGUCAUCUCUGAGGACAAAGAGCUGGUGAUCCCAGACAGUGCGAAUGUGUUCUAUGCCAUGAACAGCCAGGUGAACUUCGAUUUCAUCCUGCGGAAAAAAGCGCCAGUUGAUGGGCAGGUGAAAAUGAGGAGCCGCUCGAGUCUAACGCUCCCCAGAACUGCCAAGCGGGGGUGCUGGAGUAACAGGCACAGUAAAAUUACGCUUUGAAGGGGAGAAGUGCACACACAGGUGAACUGGUUGAGAAAAUACCUUUGCUACCAUCCAGUAUUACAGAGUCACAGCAAAUGAAUGUGUCAGUAUUCAACUUUGAAAAUAUCUGAGACUUAAAUGCAAA